AUACACCAUACUAUCUGCAGAACCAGUCACGAAUCGAGAAACUAAGAUAUAAUCUCAGAAUGCAAUUUGAUAUUUGCAUAACAGUUACUCAUACGUUUGCGUUAUGCAAAGACUUACUGGCAAAGUAGCUAUAGUCACCGCUUCUAGUUAUGGGAUUGGCUUCGCUAUAGCGAAACGUCUGGCCGAAGAAGGGGCUUGUGUGACUAUUUGUAGUAGAGACGCAGCCAAUGUGAAUCGUGCGCUUGAAAGGUUGAGGGAGUCCACUUUCAAUGUUCUCGGGAUCCAAUGUCAUGUAGCCAAUGCAUCCCAAAGGAAACGACUAUUUGACGAAACUAUUCAGAGGUUUGGCAGGCUUGAUAUACUCGUUUCGAAUGCCGCUACAAAUCCCGCAGUAAAGCCUAUCCUAGAUUGCGAAGAGUCCGCCUGGGACAAGAUUUUUGAAGUGAAUGUCAAGUCUUCAUUCUUCCUUGUUAAGGAGGCUCUGCCUUAUAUGAGAAAGCAAGGGGCUGGUGGGAGUGUUGUGAUCGUUUCAUCAAUAGUUGGAUAUGAUCCACCCAAAAAUUUAGGGGCGUAUUCCGUAAGCAAAACAGCACUACUUGGUCUAACGAAAGCAGCUAGUAAACAAUUGUCGAAGGAAGGUAUUCGCGUAAAUUGCAUUGCACCGGGAAUUAUUGAAACAAGAUUUUCAUCAUCGUUAAUUAGAGAAAAAGGAGGAAAAGCCUUACGAGCUAUUGCAAUGGGUCGGUUCGGUAAACCGGACGAAUUAGCUGGCGUAGUAGCUUUUCUCGUGUCUGACGACGCCAGUUAUAUAACUGGAGAAACAAUCGUUGCCGGUGGAGGACUAGCAAGCCGAUUAUAAAUCAAUCGCUUCCAGGACAAUACACUUUUUGAUAAUAAAUAAAUAAAAAAACAAACUAUUUAGCUUUUCAUAUUUAAUCUGCUCAAGAA